UGGUUGCUACGUACAGGGCAGAGUCACCCAAUUCCCACGCAGGCGCUGUGUCCUGCCGUGCUGGCCUCCUCCUGGCCGUCACAUCGGGCCAAGCAGGGGAGGGGAAUGGGAACGCCCAUGCACCCCCAUCAACUCUGCAGACACAGAACUACGCACAGCUCUUGGGAGGGGUCAGAUGAGCUGCUCAAAGCUGGGGAGGGACCCGGACAGUGGUCAGCGUGGCAGGGAUGGUGCUUUAGCCAAGGCAGGGAUGGUGGGAGACUCACUUGGGAUCCUGAAGGAGGCCGCUGCAUUUCCGUGCUCUUUCCAGAUAACAAGGACGUGUCGGUGAUGAUGAGCCAGAUGGACGUGAACGCCAUCGCAGACACGCUGAAGCUGUACUUCCGUGAGCUGCCCGAGCCCCUCUUCACUGACGAGUUCUACCCCAACUUCGCCGAGGGCAUCGCUCUUUCAGACCCAGUUACAAAGGAGAGCUGCAUGCUCAACCUGCUGCUGUCCCUGCCGGAGGCCAACCUGCUCACCUUCCUUUUCCUUCUGGACCACCUGGAAAGGGUGGCAGAGAAGGAGGCAGUCAAUAAGAUGUCCCUGCACAACUUUGCCACAGUCUUUGGCCCCACGCUACUCUAGCCCUCUGUGAAGGAAAGCAAGCUACCUGCCAACCCCAGCCAGCCCAUCACCAUGACCGACAGCUGGUCCUUGGAGGUCAUGUCCCAGGUCCAGAUGCUGCUGUACUUCCUGCAGCUGGAGGCCAUCCCUGCCCCGGACAGCAAGAGACAGAGCAUCCUGUUCUCCUCCGAAGUCUAAAGGCCCCAGUCCAUCUCCAGGAGGCAGACAGAUGGCCUGGAAACCUCUGGCUAAUUGGGCCAUCUGUAGAGUGGGAACCAAACCUUCCUGAGGUGUCCUUGGGCCACCCCCCCAAGUGUCAGGUCAUCUGCCAAGAGACAGUGACCUAAAGCAGAAGGACAGUUGGCCUGGGUAGAUCCCACCCAGGUCUGAGAGCUCCAGGCUGGCCUCAGACUGUGGUUUUUCCAUGUGGCCACCUGAGGGCGCCCCAAGCCAGUGCAUCUGAGAGUCCAGGCCGGGCCCUGGGAGACAGAGUGAAGGCAGUGGUUUUUAUGAGCUUAACUUACAGAGUUUAAAAGGUGUCUACUGGAUCACUUGUCAAGAUGCGCCCUCUCCAGGGAGAAGGGAACGUGACCGGAUUCCCUCACUGUUGUAUCUUUUUUUUUUGAGACAGUCUCGCUCUGUCGCCAGGUUGGAGUACAGUG